UGUUCAAGCACGACAUCGAGAACAUCACCCGACAACUAAAUCCAUUCCUCUCGGUGCUCCGGUCUUAGCACCUACGGUUCCACAGAGCCAAUAUCAACUUUGAGUCAAGACGGUCGGUCCUAGAGACAGAUAGACGAGACUCCACCUUUACCACUUCUUCGACACAUACCACUUUUACGACAACGACAACGAUUUCAACAUGAUCUUCACCACUGCCGCCCUUGCGGCUCUCGUCGCCUCGGUUGCCGCAAAGGGUUCCCGCACCUUUGUCGUUUUGCGUCACUACGGCAAUGGACCCCUUACCACUUGCCGUGCCGACCCGAUCAUCUCCCCCGGUACCGCUUCCGCUCACGUUCAUACUGUCAUGGGAGCCAGCAACUUCGGUCUUAACGUUACCGGAGAGCACCUCAGACAGUCCGAGUGCACGACGGCCCUGCCCAAGGCCGAUAUGAGCAACUACUGGUUCCCGACUCUCUACUUCAAGGACCCCAAGGAUGGCAAGCUCGAACAGGUUCCUUUCUUCUACAUGAACGUCUACUACUUCUUCGAGCCCACCAACGAUCCGAUCAAGGCUUUCCCUCUGGGUUUGAAGAUGGUGAGCGGUGAUGCCAUGUUGCGGACUCCUCCCCCGGGUGCUGCUUACGGCAAGGGCUCAAAUAUGGACCCUUCGAAGGGACCCAUCACUGCCGCUUCCAUCACCUGCCCCCGUGCCAACUUCAACCCACCAAGCUGGCCCAAAGACUCUGAUGGCUCCAUGGCUGGCAUCAAGUCCAACCAGGAUGGUGAAGGUUGGGGUUUCCCCUUCGAGGACUGCGAUGGGUAUGCUUCGCCCAUGAGAGCCGAUGUCCACUUCCCGUCGUGCUACAACCCCAAGGCUGGUCUUGACGACUACAAGAACAACAUGGCCUUCCCCAGCGAUGACGGCCACGGCAAGCAGGACUGUCCCAAGGGAUGGAUUCACACCCCUCACAUCUUCUUUGAGACCUAUUGGAACACUCACGGAUUUGUCGAUCGCUUCAAGGACCUUGUUGGCAAGGAGAGCCCCUUCGUCUUUGCCAACGGUGAUGCUACUGGCUUCUCCGUCCACGGUGACUUUGUUUCCGGUUGGGAUGAGAAGGCCCUUCAGCAGAUCAUCGACAACUGCGACGCUGGUCAUGCUGGUAUUCACACCUGCCCUGGUCUGAUUGGCGGUGUCAACGAUGAGAGCAAGUCUUGCAAGAUUGAGUGCCCUAUCAAGGAGACGGUUGACGGCAAGCUGGACAAGCUUCCCGGCAACAACCCCAUUAAGGGCUGGAAGUACGGUACCGGUGGAAGCAGCAGUAGCAGCAGCGGUAACAACCUGGCCGUGGAUAUCGAGUCUGCUGCGCCCAGCCCCACCAAUGUCGUCAAGCAGGCCGUUACCAGCCAGGCCCAGACCACUACUGUCGUCCAGACGACCACUGUCCAGUCAACCACGACCGUCUACAUCUCUGCUGUUGGUGCUAAGCCUACUGAUGCUGCCACUGACGGCAAGGCCGUUGGCGACUUCAAGUAUGCCGGCUGCUACAAGGACGCCUCGGACCGUGUUCUCAGCGGAGUGAUCCGCGCCAACCUCGGCCGGGUCAACAACACCGCCUGUGUUUCUCACUGCAGCUCCAAGGGCUUCAGCGUUGCCGGUACCGAGUACGGCGGCGAAUGCUACUGCGGCAAUGAGCUCUCCAAGGUCGAGAAGUUGGAUGACUCUAAGUGCAGCAUGACUUGCGAGGGCGACGGCGCCGACAAGUGCGGUGGCGACUGGGCCUUGUCUGUCUACACCAAGAGCGGCAAGGUCUCGGCCCGUGAUGUUCACGAGGAGAGCCACCACCGUCGCCAUGUUCAUAACCACUACAUGCACCACCGUCGCACUCCUGCUGGAAGGCUCCGCAGGUAAAUGUCUUUUUGGACAUAGACAAAAAAUGUUCGGGUUCAUUUCUUUCACAUU